AGUUGUUUUGGUAUCAAAAUAAUUCAAUUCAUCAAAAGAAUACGUCUUCUUUUAGAUCACAGGCUUUGAACGUUAGCAAUAUGUUACCUACCACCAGUCCCUGGCUUAAUAUAUAGAUAUUCACAUUUACAUGAUAGAUAUUCUUUCUCUAUGAUCAUAAAAUAGUACACCAAGCCGUUUAUAAAUUCCUUCACUCUCAGUUUCAAGUAAAUAUAAAUUAGAAAAUUUGUGUUUCUUGUUUAUCAAACAGUGGGAACAGAGAUGGUCAUGGUUCAUGAUGUUCCUUUUCCUCCACAGAUCAUCACUUCCAAGCCACUCUCUCUUCUGGGCCAAGGGAUCACAGACAUCGAGAUCCACUUUCUUCAAGUAAAGUUCACGGCGAUCGGAGUUUACUUGGAUCCUUCAGAUGUUAAAACCCAUCUUGAUAAUUGGAAAGGCAAAACCGGCCAAGAACUCGCCGGCGAUGACGACUUCUUCGACGCCCUUGCCUCCGCGGAGAUGGAGAAGGUUAUAAGAGUGGUGGUGAUAAAGGAAAUAAAAGGAGCUCAGUACGGAGUGCAGCUAGAGAAUACGGUGAGGGAUCGUUUGGCUGAGGAGGAUAAGUACGAGGAAGAAGAAGAAACCGAGCUCGAGAAGGUCGUUGGCUUUUUCCAGUCUAAGUACUUCAAAGCUAAUUCCAUCAUCACUUACCAUUUCUCAGCCAAAGAUGGCAUUUGCGAGAUCGGGUUUGAGACGGAAGGUAAAGAGGAUGAGAAACUGAAGGUGGAGAAUGCGAAUGUGGUGGGGAUGAUGCAGAGAUGGUAUUUGUCCGGAAGUCGAGGAGUCUCACCGUCGACUAUUGUCUCCAUCGCUGAUUCGAUCUCUGCAGUUUUAACAUAAGAACCUUGGCCCCUUACAUAAAUAAACAUUUGUAUGUGUCAUUUGUGUGUGUGUUUUUAUGUCGUUGUUAUAUGAGACAUUGUGUUUGGUUAUCUUUAUAAAUGAUUAAUGCUUAGUCUACAAAAAGUGUCUUGAUUUUGUUGAAACUUAUAUAAUCAUCUUGUCAUAACUUCUACCAUCAAGAUUUUAUUAUCUGUAAGUACUGUACUAUCAAACAAUGGUCUUUCAUUCAUCUUGAUGCAAAGAA